AUGACCAUGAUGGAUGCAAGAUGGCUCCUGGAUGCGAACAACUGGCUGAAGCAGAACCUGAGCAAGGCAGAGGUGAUGCUAGCGGGCAGAAGAAAAUAUUUUCAAGAGUUUUCAGCCAUGGUGAAGUCUCCUUUGAAUCUGGGAUUCUCAAAUCUCCUUGACCCUAUUCAGUCUGGGUAUGUUAAAGAAAGUGCAUUUGCUGAUCUAAUCACAGAAGAAGAUAAGAGUCAAGCUCUCUCAGUCCCUGAAUUGAUAAUACAAGACACCUCGAAGUAUGGUACCUUUGUUAAUGGAGAAAAAGUUUUGAAUGGUACUUCCAGAACUCUGAAGUCUGGUGAUAGAGUCAAUUUUGGAGUCUUUGAAAGCAAGUUCAGAGUAGAAUAUGAACCAUUGAUUGUCUGCUCCUCGUGUUUAGAAGUUUCUGGGAAAACUGCUUUAAAUCAAGCUAUUCUGCAGCUUGGAGGCCUUGUUGUGAAUGAUUGGUCAGAAGAAUGUACUCAUCUUGUCAUGAUAUCAGUGAAAGUUACUGUUAAGACUAUAUGUGCUUUGAUUUGCAAUCGACCAAUUAUAAAGCCAGAGUACUUUGUGGAAUGUAUCAGAGCCAUUCAAUCCAAGCAGCAGUUGCCAAAACUGGAAAGUUUUUAUCCUCCAGUUGAUGAGCCUGCUAUUGGCCCUGAAAAAUUGGAUCUGUCUAUGCGUCAUGAAAGAAAAAUUAUCUUCAGAGGCAAAACCUUUCUGUUCCUAAGUGCUAAACAGAGCCACAGGAAGAAUGCUAACUUUUUAAUUGUUCCAUAUGUUCAACUUGCAGCCAAACAGCCAGUUAGUCCAGGAUCAGCUAUUCUGCAUCCAACCCUUUCUCAGAGUUUGACUGUAGAUGAGACCAUAAUGCCUGUUACUACAAGUGAUAGAGCAUAUGUAGCUGACACAGAACCAGAAGAACCAUGUAUGGAGAUAAGCGGAGAGGAGACAGAGAAAACUCCCAAAAUGGAUCGAAGAGACAAAAUGUAUUCACAGAAUAUAACCAGUGUAAAGGAGACUCCCAGCACUAGUGGCAGUGUAAAUACAGGGACGGUAUUACCCAGGAUGCAUAGAACGCUUGUGGUUGACCAAAAAAGUCAACCCCUCUCACCCUCUAAAAUUUUAGGAGUUAAUAGAAAUAGAGAGAGAGCUUCACAGCAAGAGUCUAACUCCAUUAAACAUUAUUUCCAGGCAGCUCCAAAGAAAAGGGAAAGGAUUGAAGAGGGAGAAACAUCUGUACCUAAACUGGCAAAGAUGGAGGAAAAAUCAUCUCCUCUUUCCAGUCAAACCCAACCCACAACUUCCUUGAUGUGGAAAAGUAAAGUGGAACAGACUCAAAAGGAACAAUAUACCUUGGACCUGAAAACAAACCUUUCACCUGUAGAUACAAGCCUAAAGCUUGCAAUAGAAAGUAGCAAAUCAGAGAAAGAUAAAACUGUUACUAAAAAUGUUUCCAGUGAAAAGCCUGCAUCAAAGAAGAGAAAAGAGUUAAGUGAUUUAGUUGAGGAUGCAGCUACACUAGAGCUUGUGUUUGGGAGCAAAGAGCUGGAUUGGGAAGCUGAAAUGGGGGAUUGUGGUGAGGAGCAUGGAACCAAUAUGCAGAAAAAAAGACGUUUGGAAACGAAGGGGAAAAGGAUUGAAGAAGAAAAUGUAAUUCAAGAAGAAGCCAAUAGGAUAUUGCAGGAAAAUGAACUUGGCGCUGUUCCAACUUCAAAGAAGAAAAUUGAGAUUAAGCAAGAAUCAUCAGUUUUGAACACUGACGGACUUCAAGAUGUCUCCAGCAAUCUGCCCAGCAGACUCUUGUUGACUGAAUUUAGAUCACUGGUUGUUAGCCAUCCAAGGCCAAAUAGUCUUGUUGCUGCACAAAUCAAUUAUAAGCAACUGAACAACUUUAAGAAAUUCAAAAAGGUACCUUAUCCUGGAGCAGGACAACUUCCACACAUUAUUGGAGGAUCAGAUCUGAUAGGUCACCAUGCCAAAAAGAAUUCACAGUUGGAAGAAUGGUUAAGGCAGGAAAUGGAGGAACAGAAUCGGCAUGCAAGAGAGGAAUCACUCGCUGAUGAUCUCUUUAGAUAUGAUCCUAAUGUGAAAAGGAGAAGAUAAAUUCUCUUGAAUUUACAAUGAACCUACAGCAAAAUCAUCUUGACACCAUGGUUGCUGCUUCCAGUGUACAAUAUGUAUAGGAGGUUUAAAUUCUCUUGUUAUAACAAUUGUUUUAAGUCCUGCUUUUAUUAAAGGAAAACAGAAUCCGUU